ACAUGGACCUUAUAUAGCCCUUGAUUCUAAAGGUUGAAUUUUAAUCUUCGAAAGUCGACAUACACGUCCCUAUACCCAUGCAUAAACGUACUAGCCGAAACGGAACUAAAAUAUCUGCAUUAAAGUGGUUAACAUAAAUUGGUUUCUGACUGGAUCAUCAAAAUGCAUUUUCUUACAGCUGCUGAAGUCCGCCAAGCCUACUUGGACUUUUUUAAGGAGAAAAAUCAUAUUUAUGUGCAUUCAUCCAGUACUAUUCCUUUGGAUGACCCAACGCUGCUUUUCGCAAAUGCUGGAAUGAAUCAGUUUAAACCUAUUUUCUUAGGAACAGCAGAUCCCAAUAGUGACAUGUCAAAGUGGCUUCGUGUAGCCAAUAGUCAAAAAUGUAUUCGUGCAGGUGGUAAACACAACGAUUUAGACGAUGUUGGUAAAGAUGUUUAUCAUCACACGUUCUUCGAAAUGUUGGGAAAUUGGUCCUUUGGUGAUUAUUUCAAAAAGGAAAUAUGUGCCUGGGCUUGGGAGUUUUUAACGGAGCGAUUAGGAUUGGAUAAGGAUCGAUUGUAUGUGACGUACUUUGGUGGAGAUGAAACAAGUGGUUUGGAGCCAGACUUAGAAUGCAAGCAAAUAUGGAUGAAUUUAGGAUUAAAAGCUGAACAUAUCAUACCAGGCAAUAUGAAAGAUAACUUUUGGGAAAUGGGGGAGACGGGGCCUUGUGGUCCAUGUUCCGAAUUACAUUUUGAUCGUAUAGGUGGUCGUAGUGUCCCCGAGCUUGUAAACAUGGAUGACCCCGAUGUAUUGGAAAUAUGGAAUUUAGUCUUCAUUCAAUUUAAUCGAGAACAAGAUGGGUCCUUGAAACCAUUGCCUAAAAAGCACAUUGACUGUGGUAUGGGCUUUGAGCGUUUGGUUUCAGUCAUUCAAAAUAAACGUUCAAACUACGACACUGACAUAUUUGUACCUCUUUUUGACGCUAUUCAUGUAGGAACAGGAUGUGCUCCAUAUGGAGGUAAAGUUGGAGCAGAAGAUGUUACCGGCGUAGAUAUGGCCUAUCGAGUUUUGGCUGAUCAUGCAAGAACUCUAACCAUUGCUUUAGCCGAUGGAGGAGUUCCCGACAAUUCCGGCCGGGGUUAUGUGCUACGUCGAAUUUUGCGCCGUGCCGUUAGGUAUGCUACAGAAAAAUUAAACGCAAAACCAGGAUUUUUCGCGACUCUCGUCUUUACAGUCAUUGAUUUACUUGGUGAUGCUUUUCCUGAAGUAAAAAAGGAUCCUCAGCAUAUUGUUGACAUUAUAAACGAGGAGGAGCAACAAUUCUUAAAGACACUUUCCAGAGGUAGAAAUCUCUUUAAUAGGACUGUUGCCAAACUGGAGAUGAAAAAAAUAAUUCCAGGUGACGUCACUUGGCGUUUGUAUGACACAUAUGGCUUUCCAGUAGAUUUAACUCAGUUAAUGGCCGAGGAAAGAGGUCUACAAAUUGAUAUGGAGGGCUAUGAGUCCGCAAAACACAAUUCCUAUAUUCUUUCUCAGGGAAAAGGUGCCAACAAAGUUGACGAGAUCAAUCUCGACGUUCAUGCCAUUUCCCAACUUAAGGAUAAAGGAAUUCCAGUUACUGACGAUAGCUUCAAAUAUUCAUAUGAUAGUGUAUCAGAUGAUCCUCAAUCUGAAUAUAAAUUUAAUUCGUGUACUGGAAAAAUUGUUGCUAUACGAUACAAUAAUGAAUUCGUACAAAAGGUUUAUUCUGGUCAAAAGGCUGGAAUUGUUUUAGAUAAAAACUAAUUUCUAUGCUGAAAG